AUGUCCGUGGUUCUCAUCAAGGGUAACGGACUGCUUCGCCAACACCUGAACGGAAUCUCUCAGCCAACCCAACUGCAAUGGUCGUGCAAGCAAGGGAGGUUGAGGCUGAGCGCCCUGCUGCUGCUGAUGCAGCUUGGAUGCUUGAGCCUGGUCCUGGCCAACAGCAGAUAUUCCUGCAAUGGCAGUGGCAGUGACCGCGACUCAGCCGUCUGCAGCAGCCGCCAGUGGGAUGGCCGCAGUCUGGAGGAAUACGAUGAGCGGCUGGUUUACAGACAAGACCCGGAGCGCGCACAGCGACGAGUGCCUGUGCAGACCGCGGCCCGCGACGAUCGUCGGGACGAGCGGCGCGAGGAAACCAAAGUGCGACUGGAGGCCAGCCGAGUCCUGCGACAGGAGGUGGUGCGCUCCAUCAAUCGGGACUCGCAACGAGUGGAGGAUAGGACACGGGAGGUACGUGAAGGCCGCGUGGAGCGAGCAGAGCGACAGGAAGAACGCCAACGAUCCAGGGCAGAGGAACGAACAGCUGUCAGACGCGAUGAACGUGCGGCCCGUGAACGAACCGAAGCCAGACGAUUGGAUGCAUCCAACGAGAGACGUGUGGCUCGAGUUGACUCCCGAAAUGCCGAACGAGUGGAGCGAGACAGUCGUGUGAAUUCUUCCGAUGGCCGUCGCGAUGCCAGAGCUAACCGAGAGAGCAGCCGACAGACAGGUACAGACAUAGAUGACCUACGACGAGUGGAACGACAAAACUCACGCAGAAUUAUGCCAGAAUCGGGACAACGAGUGAACCGUGCAUCACAGCGUCUGGUGGAACGAGAAACGAAUCUUCGAAGAUCGGAACAAGAUUUACCAAGGCUUCAGGAGCGAGAGUCGGAUGAGCGUGAUGUUGCAAGGCGCUUCGCCAUGAGCGGUGAGGAACGAGUGGGAGAACGACGUGAGGAACGAGCAGUGGAAGGACGUGAGGAACGAGCAGUCGAACCACGUGAGGAACGAGUACGGGAACGACGUGACGAACGAACAGUCGAACGACGUGAGCGGCAAGAACUUUCACGAACAUUGGAACGGGACAUGUCCAGACGUGGCGAACGCGAGGAGCGCGAGAGAGACGAAGUCAAGCGCCUGGACGCACGAGAGGACAUGCGACAAACAGAACGACUCGAAACGCGACGAGUUCAGGUGCAGCGCGAAGAGUCCCGCAGUGAGAAACGUGAGGUGUCGAGACGUGAAAGCCGCGAGACCCUUCGCAGGGAGAACAAACGGCGAGAGGAACGUGAUGAGCUGCGUUCAGAGGAGCGGGACGCAUCCCGGCAAGUGGAGCGCGACGAAAUGCGUCGAGUUGAGCGGGAAGAACGGGCUUUCCGAACUGAGGAAAGGCGUGACAUUGAUCGCAGGGUAGAAACCGCCGACAGGGAAAGCAGGCGACAUGUGGAACGAGAGGGCCUGCGACUCAUCGAGAGUGAUGUAACUCGAGCCGAUCGCCGACAGGACGAACGCGACCAUUCAAGGCGUGACGAGCGCGAGCGAGUAGAUGCUGGAAUAGAACGUGAAAACUUGCGACGAGUGGAACGUGGCGAUUUGCAAAGGGUCCAACGCGACUCGUCCAGACGUGAGGAACGGGAGGACCGUGAGGCAGCCCGUGACGAUUCCGAAAUGCGACGCUUGGACAGUCGCAGGGACGCACAACGUGUGGAACGUCGAGAUGAAAAAGAGCGCAACGAUAUGCGACGCGUGGAGCGAGAUCUCGCCCGACGCGAAGCUGGCGAACGUUUAGGAUUAGAUCGUCGCGAGUCCCUGCGACGUGAGCAGCCCCAGGGCUGGCUGAGCUACGGCAAGCGUGAACUGCUGAUGACCGGUCAGUUCCUGCUCCUGGCCGCGCUCUACAAAAAGUCAACCGCCAAUGGAAAGGGCCUCUCUGGUCUGGGGAAUGCGCUGGGUGAAGAGUUUCAGGGCUACCUCCAAAUGAUCGGCUGCUAAUUCCACACAGCAAACCCAAACCCCAAAAAAACACAACCACAAACCCCCCCCACCGGACCAAGACCAGGCAUCAGCACAAAGGACUACGCACCGAACCAGCCACAGGAAAGCAACGAACGAGUUUUAAGGCCGAGAGAAGAGAGGGAUUCCCUCCCGUUGGGGAAUGGCCAGGACAAGUCUGGGCAGGCCCGGCCCAUGUGGAUGAAGGAUGAAGGUUGGAGAUGGAGGAGCCAGUUUUCUGCCCUCCGCAUCCCAUCAUCCCAGUCCCAUCAUCCCAUCCACAUGCAUUGUAAAAUUUAAUCCAAACUGUUACUGUAACUAACCGACAAGCAUAACGAGAAUAACGAAAAUAUAAGGGAUACUCAGUUGAGCAUCUGCAUCUGCAUAGC